UUUUAAGGAAAAGCUGGACCUUCACUGGAAAGCAAUGUGUCAGGAUUAACACAGGUUCAUCAACCUACUAUCCUUAUUACUGAAAACUGAAGACUGAAGAGCGAGAAGUCGAAAUACUGCGGUACGCAUGCGUUUAAAAUGAACAGUCUAAGAAAUAUCGCAAAUGUCGGUAUCAUAGGUGGGGGUUUCAUUGGUGCUGCUGCAGCUCUUACUUUAGGCUUGUCUCAGUCGUUAUAUACAGUUGAUGGAGGCCAUCGAGCAAUCAUGUUUAGUCGUAUUGGUGGAGUGCAAGAUGAAAUAUUUACCGAAGGCCUACACUUCAGAAUCCCGUGGUUUCAGUACCCUAUUAUAUAUGAUAUUAGAUCUCGACCACGAAAAAUAACGUCACCAACUGGUAGCAAAGAUCUUCAAACGGUUAACCUCACACUGCGCGUAUUGUCUCGACCUGAAGUGUCACAGCUUCCACACAUCUAUCGUACGCUGGGGACUGAUUAUGAUGAACGGGUUUUACCAUCCAUAGUCAAUGAGGUUCUAAAGGCAGUUGUUGCUAAAUUUAAUGCUAGUCAGUUAAUUACUCAGCGUCAGCAAGUAUCAUUGCUGAUUCGCAAACAGCUUGUCGAAAGAGCUAGUGAUUUCCAUAUAAUUGUUGAUGAUGUCUCCAUCACUGAUUUAACUUUUUCACAAGUUUACUCUGCUGCUGUUGAAGCAAAACAGAUUGCUUUACAAGAAGCACAGCGUGCGCAGUUCCUCGUAGAACGUGCGAAACAAGAACGUCAACAGAAGAUAGUUACUGCUGAAGGUGAAGCUCAGGCUGCAAAACUGAUUGGUGAUGCUCUUUCUCAAAAUCCCGGAUAUCUUAAGCUUCGGAAAAUAAAAGCGGCUACGCAAAUUGCUCGAACGGUUGCUCAGUCUCAAAACCGUGCAUUUCUACAUUCUGGCUCUUUAAUCCUCAAUGUUGCUGAUCCAAAAUUCGACGCUGGUCUGGAUGUUUUAAAGAAAAAAUAAAUUGAAGUCUUGGAUAGUAUUAACAUCUUUAAAAAAAUUUAGACUAGCAUUUCCGAAUGUAUUUUGUACUGUGUUACGUUCCUUAAUUUAACUGAACACUAUUUCUGUGAAUACGAUUGAUGUACAAGCAAAUAAAAUAAAAAUCUUAUCUUGAA